AUGAUUUGUCAAAAAAACUCAUACAAUCAAAGACCCAACUCGCCAGUACCAGGACCUAGCGGAUUACAGCAAGCAAAUUCUUCUCAGCCGUUUGAUUUCACACCGAAAGAUCUUAGACCUUUACCACAAGCGAGUCCGAGAACUGUAGCAAAUAAAGGACGUAAAAAACGUAAGACAGCAAUAUUAACGGACACGCCCGAAAAAAAUGCAAUUGAAGAAGAAUACCAACGAAGAAAUAAAGCCAAGAAAACAGUUUUACAACCGGAUACUAGAAAUGGCAAGGGGAAGUUGAUAUCUACGAAAGGCAAGGGAAAAGGAAAAAAGACAAAGAAGGCAGUUAAAGGCAAGGAAAAUAAAUCUGACGACGAAGAUUGCUUCUGUCUCGUUUGUUUAGAAACUUUUAGCAACAGUCGACCAAAUGAGCAAUGGAUACAAUGUACCAAAUGUAAAAUGUGGUCACAUGCUGAAUGCGUCAACGAUGAUGCAAAUUAUGAGUGCCAUAAUUGUGAGUUGGAGUAA